UCAAGCUCAAGACAAAAUUAAGAAAAGGGAUGUUUGGCCUCAAGUUAAAGAAGAAGAAGAAGGCUGAGAAGGGUCUAGUCUUCGCAAACAAAGGCGCACUGGAUGGCAGUGAGACAAGUAACCUAGAUGUCAUCGCUGCAACGGAGGGUCUCGACUCUGAUGAUUGCAGGCAGGCUGGCCCCUCAGAUUUGGAACCUGUCCAAGCAGAGCGUCACUGUAGAAGGUCAAAGCUUGUGGCAAAGAUUCAAGACAGUGAGAGUAAGACACAAGCAUUCCAGAUCGCCGUCAGCAUCACAGAGGCCAGACAGCUGGUGGGGGAGAACAUUGAUCCCAGUGUUGUUAUUGAGAUCGGGGAUGAGAAGAAGCAGACUACAGUGAAGGAGGGGACAAACGCCCCCUUUUACAAUGAGUACUUUGUGUUUGAUUUCUUUGGGGCACAAGAGACCUUUUUCGACAAAGUCAUCAAACUCUCAGUAAUGCACUCUAAGAUCAUGCGCAGCUACUGUGUGGGCUCCUUCAAGCUGGAUGUUGGGACGGUGUAUCGUCAACCAGGUCAUCAGUUCACCAACAAGUGGGCAGUGCUGACAGACCCUAUGGACAUCCGCACAGGCGUGAAGGGUUAUCUUAAGUGCGACAUCAGCGUGACUGGUAAAGGGGAGGUCGCGCAGCCUUCUCAGAAAAACGUGGAUGGAGAGGAACAGAUUGAGAAAAACCUGCUGUUGCCCCUGGGUUUCCCCUCAGAGCGCCCCUGGGCUCGGUUCUAUGUUAAAGUGUUCCGAGCUGAGGGUCUUCCUCGGAUGAACUCAAGCAUUAUGGCCAACGUCACCAAAGCCUUUGUUGGGGAUAGCAAAGACCUUAUUGACCCUUAUGUGGUGGUGUCCUUCUUCAGCCAGAUGGGCCGGACCUCAACCCAGAAGGGCUCGGCGGACCCUGUGUGGAACGAGCAGAUUGUCUUUAAGGAAAUGUUUCCUCCUCUUUGUCAGCGGGUCAAGAUCCAAGUGUGGGAUGAAGGCAGCGUGAAUGACGUGGCGCUUGGAACGCAUUACAUUGACUUGCGCAGAAUCUCCAAUGAACAGGAUGGAGACCGAGGAUUUCUUCCCACGUUUGGGCCAGCUUGGAUCAACAUUUAUGGGUCAGCCCGGAACUUCACGCUGGCAGACAACCAGGAACUAAAUGAGGGUGUGGGUGAGGGCGUGUCCUACCGAGGUCGGGUAUUCCUUGAACUGGCUGUGGAGAUCCUGUCAGGGGCAGGAGCUGCUGAAUCUAAAAUGUCCCGUUUGACAAAGGACCUGAAAUCUCCAUUCAAAGACACAAAGGGGGGGAAAGACAUCAAAACCCCACCCCCUGGAGGAAGUGGAACAGGAGGAGGUGCUGUCACUGGAGCAGAUGAAGAUAAAGGCAGUGUACUGGGUGCAGAAGUCAUGCCAGUGGAAUCCCCUCCUCAGAUCAGUAAUGAAAACAAUGACAGCUUUCUCCUGUUUGGUGCGGUAUUUGAGGCAACAAUGAUUGAUAGGAAGAUUGGAGACAAACCCAUCAGUUUUGAAUUCACCAUUGGAAACUAUGGAAACUUAAUUGAUGGUGCCUCGAGCGUCAGCAGCAUUAAAAAAAGAGUAGAACAACACGAGCUGGAGAGUGCCGCUUUAUUAGACCCCCAAGGAUAUGAAUACUGCAAGUCCACAACGCCCUCUGAGAGACCUUUGUCAAUGACUGGGAACAGGAAUUACCUGUAUCUGCCCAUCCUGAACCGUAAGCCUUGUGUCCAUGUAAUCAGCCGCUGGGAGGACCAGACCUUCCGCCUUCAUUACUCCAACAUGCUGGAAAACAUUGCUGUCACGUUUGAGGAAGGAGUGACCAAGGUAACGGAGCUAAGUGUGGUUUCUGACUCAGGGGCAGAAUCUCUUAUCCUCCACGUGUUCAAGAAGUUUAGCAGCAACAGCAGAAACUUCAUAGCUUUUGCAGAGAAGAAGGUGAAGGGGAAUUGCUUGACCAUGUUGGAUAAGAAACGCCUGACACUCUGUAGACAGGAGCUGGAAAGCAUGAUAAAUGAGGUGAAGUCCAUCAGAGAGACAAAGAGGAAGACUCUGAAUAUUAAGGAGAUGAUCCAGGAUGCUCUAAGGAUGAUUCAGAGACUGAAGUUCCUAGUGGAGGAGCCGCAGCACACCAUUCCAGAUGUGUUUGUGUGGAUGUUGAGCAACAAUAAGCGUGUGGCAUAUGCCCGCAUACCUGCCCGAGACCUCCUGUACUCUGCCAACCCACAGGAGAGGGGCAGAGACUGUGGCAAGAUCAAGACCCUGUUCCUCAAGCCACCAGGCAAGCGUAUGACUGGCUGGACAGUGCAGGGCAAACUUGAUGUGUACUUAUGGCUGGGGCACUGCAGAGAAUCCUCACAUAUGCUGGAGAACCUGCCCAGUGGUUUUGAACCAAAGGGGGAUUUCAUUGACAGCACCGCUCCACCUGACUACCUCAUGUGUGAUGUCCAACACCAUUUCCAACUGCGAGCUCACAUGUACCAGGCCCGUGGGCUAAUCGCCGCCGACAGCACGGGUCUCUCGGACCCAUUCGCUAAAGUGUCUAUCCAGUCACACAGCCAGUUGACAGCGAUCAUUUAUCAGACUCUGACCCCCACCUGGAACCAGAUGCUUCUAUUUAACAGAGUGACACUCUAUGGGGAUCUUAAGGAACUUACAGAUGAGCCUCCACGGAUAGUCAUUGAGGUUUAUGAUGAUGAUGCCCUGGGUAAGGCAGAAUACCUGGGCUCCACAGUGACAGUACCGAUAGUCCAGCUAUUGCAGGACCCAUACACCCCUCCACAGCUACAGUACAGCCCUCUUUACUGCGGCAGCCAGUCAGGGGGAGACCUGCUAGGUGCCUUUGAGCUCCUCCAGAUUCCAGAUUCAGACAAGAUCUCCCUGCCUGCCAUCGAUGAACCAGAUGGCCUCAUCUACCCUGUUCCUGCCAACAUUCGCCCUGUACUCAGCAGAUACAGAAUGGAGGUACUCUUCUGGGGAUUGCGGGAACUGAAGAAAGUACAGCUGCUCCCUGUGGACCGACCACAGGUGUUCAUUGAAUGUGCUGGCAAGGGUGUGCGCUCUUCUGUAAUACAGAGCUACAAAAACAAUCCCAACUUCACGGUGUUGGUGGAUUCCUUUGACCUGGAGCUGCCUGAGAAUGAGCACUUGCACCCACCCCUGAGCAUAACUGUGGUGGACUGGCGAGCUUUUGGGCGGAGCACGUUGGUGGGCAAUCAUGUGAUCAACAGCUUGAAAAAGUUCAAGUACUCUCCGUCACUCUUACCUUCAGCACCAUGUGCACAGGUUCAGACAAGAAAGAGCAAAGGUAUGCCCCAGCCUGCACCUGAAAGCAGCUCCAUAGAACUUGUGUCUUCUGAAGAUAUCUCUAUCAACAUUGAGCAGCAGGAGACAGCACCCAAGCUUACCCCUAAGACAGAAACGGAAGCUCUCAAGAAGGAGAGCAGGAAAAGCACAAGGAGGUCCACCAAGCGAAGGAGGCGCACCAUUGUGGAUGAGUCUGCUGAGAAUGUCAUUGACUGGUGGUCUAAGUACUAUGCAUCAGUGGAAAAGCUUCAGCAGACAAAGCGGAGGGAAGCCCAUGAAUAUCUUCAAAUAUAUGACAAUGUGAGUGGGCAGCAGGAUCAGUAUGGCAUAGCAGCUAGAGAUGGAGAUAAGAAGAAAAAACUAGUCAAACUUAAGGGUGUCCUUGAUCACCCCAAGCUGGCAACAUUACAGCUGUACGAUAAGGAGCUGGAGGCAGAAUUUGGGCCCUUUGAUGACUGGGUCAACACUUUUGAACUGUAUAGGGGCAAAGCCAAUGAGGAGGAUAGCUCAAGUGAAGAAAGGAUUGUUGGGAAGUUCAAGGGCAGAUUCUGCCUAUACAAGCUAACGGGAGAAGAUGAUUAUGAGGAAGGUGGUCCAGAUUGCACAAAGUUAAAGAUCACCCAGGGAAUCCCACCCAAUUCUCCUGUGAAGGUUUUAAUCAGGGUUUACAUUGUCUCGGCUUCCAACCUUCAUCCAGCAGAUGCAGAUGGAAAAUCUGAUCCAUACAUUGUUCUGAAGCUUGGGAAAACUGAAAUCAGGGACAGGGACAGCUACAUCCCAAAGCAACUUAACCCCAUUUUUGGCAGGUCCUUUGAGAUGCAAGCUACAUUUCCCAAGGAGUCCCUACUAACUGUCCUCAUCUAUGACUAUGAUACGAUCGGGACUGAUGAUUUGAUUGGUGAAACCCAGAUUGACCUGGAGAACCGCUUCUACAGCCGACACCGAGCAACCUGUGGGCUCCCUUCUGAGUAUUCCAUUGAGGGCUACAAUGCUUGGAGGGACUCCAUUAAGCCUUCAGAACUGCUGGUCAAGCUAUGUAAAGAAAAUUACCUUGAUGGGCCACACUUCAGUCCAGGAAGAAUCACAAUUGGAGACAAAGUAUUCACAGGAAAAACAGUUUUUGUGGAUGAAGAUAACGUGGUGGAGUCCUACGAACACCUGGCACUUAAGAUCCUGCAUCGAUGGGCUGAAAUACCAAGGGUUGGAUGCAAACUCGUACCUGAACACAUUGAAACUCGUACCCUAUACCACAAAGAUAAACCUGGAAUGGACCAAGGACAACUUCAGAUGUGGGUGGACAUGUUUCCCAUGGACAUGCCACAUCCAGGUCCUCCAGUUGACAUCUCUCCAAGGAAACCCAAAGGGUAUGAGUUGAGGAUAAUCAUUUGGAACACAGAAGAUGUAAUACUUGAGGAUACCAACUUCCUGACAGGACAACAAUCCAGUGACAUUUAUGUUAAAGGGUGGCUGAAAGGGCUGGAAGACGACCGGCAGGAAACUGACGUCCAUUACAACUCACUGACUGGAGAGGGCAACUUCAACUGGCGAUUUGUUUUCCCUUUAAACUACCUGCCUGCGGAAAAGGUACUGGUGGUAACCAAACGGGAGAGCAUCUUCUCCCUAGACAAGACGGAGAAAAAGAUCCCAGCCGAAUUGGUGCUACAGGUGUGGGACUUUGAGCGUCUAUCUUCUGAUGAUUUCCUUGGCUCGGUGGAGCUUGACUUGCAUGGAUUCCCCCGUGGUGCAAAGACAGCUAAGCUCUGCAAGAUAGACAUGCUUACUGACAGCAGUGAGAAGAUCUCCAUUUUCCAGCAGAAACGUUCUCGAGGGUGGUGGCCUUUCAUUAAGGGUGGUGAGCUCACGGGAAAAGUUGAGGCAGAGUUUCAUCUGGUGACAUCAGAAGAAGCAGAAAAAAAUCCAGUGGGUCGAGCCCGCAAGGAACCAGAACCAUUAGAGAAACCUAACCGACCAGAUACCUCCUUUUCCUGGUUCAUGAACCCCUUUAAAUGCUUCUUUCACCUGGUCUGGAGGAACUACAAGAAGUACAUUAUCAUUGCCUUUCUGCUCCUGGUCACUGCUCUGUUCAUUGCACUGCUGCUGUACACACUGCCUGGUGCCAUCUCUCAAAGGAUUGUCAGUGGAUGAUGGAAACCUGGCAUGGAACAGAUUGAUGGCCAACCUAUCCACCUUUAAUUUGCAUAUGAUAUACUUUCCCUGACUCCCUCUCUUAACAACAAAGCUGAGUUUCAUUAGAUAUCAACUUUUGAAAAAACAGGGUACUCAGUCACUUAUUUAGUUUAUCUUUACAGUCCUUUGACACUGAGAAAAUAAUGAUGUCUAUAGUAUACGUUCACCAUGAACAAUAUACCACUUUUGGAAGAGUAGCUAAAUAUAAUCUGAGGAAAGCACUACAUUCCCGCCAAAAAACACGAGGAAGGGGCAGGGCUUCCAUCUUUGGUGACGUCAGCGCGAAGCAGACCUGAUCCACGUGACGUUAGGAAAUAGUACAGCAUUUCAUAGACACAGCGUAUCAUCCGUUAUGUUUUAGGCUCCAUGGAAAAUAGUGCUUCAUUUCGACAUUGUUGAAAUAAACCCAUAGCAAAAUUGUUUCAUUAGAAGCAGAGAUUUAUGUUUGUCAUACGCUGUAUAAAUACAAUCAAUGUUCCCUUAACUGAAUUUUGACAACCGUGUACACCAGGUUAUAUCAGCCAUAAGCAACAACACCCCUUUACUUCAGCGCAUCGUGCGGCUUUUUAUACGUAUUAAUAUUCGGGGUGACUUUACAGCACUGAAGUCGCAGUAGUAGGUCGUGACAACAAUCAUCGUCUGCUAAAUAUUAGUUAGAACAGACUGGACCAGCGGGUUCCAGAGAGUGGUGAGAUUUAGGUUCCUUCCACUUUUUGUAAACCUCAACACAUGAUUAAGUAUUUUUAUACCGGUAGAUGUCGUUUCUUCUCAGUCGGAAUACCUCGGAAAACGGCGCGAGCUCUGACAGUAACGCCACUGCCCCCUACUGGUGGAUUGACUUAUAAAACUUCCAAUUUCUUUUAAGUUCUCGCUGUCUGUUUUUGGAGUUCCUAUGAUCAAUUUUAAUCAAAGGGAAGGAGAAAUUUCAUGUCUUUACAUGUUUAUUACAUUUUUAAUUACCCUGGUUUGGAAGAUAAAGUUUUAGUUUUUACAUAUAAACACGAUUAUUUUAUUUUCAGAUGUGGGCAAUUAUGGCAAAUGUACCUGUAUAUUUAAUAUAGGGGAGGAGGUCAUGAGAGUCAUGUAGCGCAUUGAGUAAAAUUUUAAGAACAAAGCACUUAAUUGAGCAAAUAGUAUAUUAACAAUGAAGGA